AGAGGGUGAGGGGAAUCUCUCGCGCCUGAUUGGUUGGCUCAUAAAGAGGGAGAGCGGAGAAAUGGCUUCGUCUUGCUGCCCAGACAACCAAAAAGGUGUGGCACAUCCGACAGUACGAGCACAGAGCAACAGCGCAACUUUAGAACUCUUCCAGAACUUGUCGACAUAGAAAAUGGAGUUUCCAACUUUUCCCUUUUUCGUCCUAGUUUUGACCAUUGUAUCUGUGUCCCUUAGCAACAGCUUACCGACAAGGACAGAAGAUGUUUUACAGGAAGCAAAUAUGGCUUUAGAAAAAAGACCAAAGUAUAUGGAUACUAGACGAGAGCUCGAUAUGUUUAAAGAUUUAGUCCUAAUGAGUCUUCAAGAGUUGGUGGAUGAGGAGCGAGUAAACCCAACAGUAUUGCUAGAAGACGAGAGUUCAAAGACAGUGGAGAAACGGGAGCGCUACAUGGGGAUAUGCAUGAAGAAACAAUACAACAACUUUGUGCCAGUCCCUUGUUUAAGGAGUGGUAGGUCGUUAAAAAAGUCUAGGACAUGGAAAGGUUGAACUUCUGACACCAGUUGUUGUACUGUCUGUGUUGGGACACAUCAAGUCAAGACUCUAUUUCUUUGUUGUUUGUCAUUCAUAAAACUUAGGUUCAAAUUUUCUAUUUAACGAAAUGAAAUUCUUUUAAACUUUUAUCUUUUUAGGCUUCAUAUUGAAGAUUAUAUUUUGUAUAAUAGAUCUUUGAAAUACAAGGGAAAAGAAAGAAUAAAAAAAACUUUUAUGGA